AUGGCCAUGGGAAUGAUGAGAGUGGCAACUCUGUGUUUCUUUCUGCUGGUGGCGUUCGGCUCCUCCACAGCCAAAGUCGAGGAGGAAAACCCAGAGUUCUGGAGGCUGCAGGCCCAGAAGACCUUGCAGGCAGCUCUGGACAGGAAACUCAACACCAAUGUGGCCAAGAACAUCCUCUUCUUCCUGGGAGACGGUAUGGGAAUCACUACCUAUACAGCGGCACGUAUCCUCAAGGGACAGCUGCAGAACCAAACAGGAGAGGAGACAGUCAUGACCAUGGACACCUUCCCCCAUGUGGGCUUGGCUAAGACCUACAGUGUCGACUUCCAGGUCCCAGACAGUGCCGCCACCGCCACGGCUUAUCUGUGUGGAGUGAAAACCAACCUGAACACCCUCGCCGUCAACGCAGCGGCUCGCAACGGCAUCUGCAAGUCUCAGAAGGGCAACGAGGUCACGUCCAUCCUGAAGUGGGCCAAAGACGCUGGCAAGUCCGUUGGCAUCGUGACAACCACACGGGUGCAGCACGCUACCCCGGCUGCCAGCUACGCCCACAGCGCCAGCAGGAAGUGGUACAGCGACGCCGACCUGCCUGCCUCCGCCAAGAGGGACGGCUGCACUGACAUCGCCUCCCAGCUCCUGAACAACACAGACAUAGACGUGAUCAUCGGUGGUGGUAGAAAGUACAUGACCCCUCAGGGCACCAAGGACCCAGAAUAUCCUUUGGAUUUCUCCUCCAGGGGUAAAAGACAAGAUGGACGCAACCUCAUCAGUGAGUGGCAGAGCAUGAAGAUUGGGAAGGUUGCCCGCUACGUGUGGAACAAAACCGAGUUUGAUGCGGUUGACCCUGAAACCACCGACUACCUCAUGGCUCUCUUUGAACCUGGUGAUAUGCGCUUCGAAGCAGAGAGAGACCCACGCAUGGACCCAUCCAUUGUCGAGACCACAGAAAAGGCCAUCCGCAUCCUCCGGAAAAACCCCAAAGGCUUCUUUUUACUGGUGGAGGGUGGGCGUAUCGACCAGGCUCACCACGACGGCCGGGCAUCCAUGGCACUGCACGAGGCGGUUGCCUUUGACUACGCCAUAGCCAAGGGCCUUGAACUCACCAACGAAGAGGAAACUCUCACCAUAGUCACGGCUGACCACUCCCAGCCUUUUACCAUUAAUGGAUACGCCUUUCGAGGGGGCAGCAUUCUGGGUAAAUCUCCCCUGUGGGCCUUAGAUGGGCUGCCUUACACCACACUGUUGUACGGCAACGGACCGGGACACAAAAUCACCGGUGGCAAACGUCCUGAUAUCCGCAAAGUCGACACAAAAACUAAAGACUACGUGCAGCUGUCUGCGGUGCCCAUGGAGUCAGCCACCCAUGGUGGGGAAGACGUGGCAGUGCUCGCCCGGGGGCCCAUGAGCCACCUCUUCCACGGCGUCCAGGAGCAGAACUACAUUGCCCAUGCCAUGGCCUAUGCCGCCUGCGUGGGCAGAGACCUGAGGCACUGCCAGGAGUCACCGGUUCAAACGAGCACAACACCGUGUGCCAAGAGGGGCCAUGUUGUCUGUUUUCUGAAGAUACAUUGCCUACUGCGCAACAGGGUGCCCGUCCUCAAGCAGCUCCAACAGCUGCCCUCACACUCGCCGGCCUUUCGGUGGCGCUAG